AGAUCCAAAAUGGCGGUAAAUUAGACGUAUUUUAAAUAAUUUUUUUAAUAGAGAACUUUAGAAUUGAAGGAUAAGAAAGUAUGUUUAUUUUAAUGGGGCAAAGUUAGGCACGUAAUGUACACCGGAUUUUUCAUCCUCUGCAAGGGCAAAAUGAUUUACUUUUCAAUAUCUAUAUUACCAACACAUGUCUGGAAACAGGUUAUGUAUAUCGGACAUAUGAGAUACUGGUUUAUUGGCUCGAGACUAAGAGUUAAUAAUGUUAGGAACAUUAAUCAAGGCAGAACAAUACCAAAAGAAUUCAUACUGAGCAAGGAGAAUCGGGAAAACUGUAUUACCAAGUUGAAAACAAUGAAACCAGCCUGGCUAUAUGGAAUGGAACCAUUAAAGAAAGCUGCAGUGUUGGUGCCUUUGUGUGAGGUUAAUAAUGAGUUAUCUUUCUUAUACACACUGCGUUCAUCAGACUUGAAGAGCUACAGAGGGCAGGUAUCAUUUCCUGGUGGUGUUAAAGACAAAACAGAUGAAAAUUUAGAAGAAACAGCUCUUCGUGAGACCUUUGAAGAACUUGGGAUUCAAAGAACUCAGAUUGAUGUCUGGGGUAAUGGAUUUUUUGUGGGUACAAGGCAGAAGGACAUGGCUGUAAUGCCAUUUAUUGGAUAUCUUGGAGAAGUGUCUAUGAAAAGAUUAAUAUUAAAUAGAAAGGAGGUUGAGUCUGUUUUUACCAUGCCAUUGAAACAAUUAAUCAAUCUUGAUAAUUGCAAAUCUACACAGUUUCGCAAUGGUCAUGUUCUUCCAGUAUUUGUUGGGGGUGAACACAGGAUUUGGGGAAUGACAGCAAUAAUAACUCAUUUUGUUCUGGAUGCAUUACUGCCAGCAGGAACUUAUGCCCACAAAUUAUAUUACAUUGCACCACUUAAAAUACCUUCACCAGAAACAAAGAAGACAAAAAUAUAACUGUAAAUGUGUACAACAUGUUAUGUGCAAGAAGUCAGAUUGUCAUAACCAAUUUAAGACAUUGUUUGUACUUUCUAUAAAUUUUAUAAGGGUACUUGUCGUUUAAUUAUGAAUGUGAAGUGUGAUAAACGUGCUGUAGUUAACAAAUAUGUAGUGUCUGAUUUCUUUUAUUAGGCACAUUGAUAGUUUCUCCUAAGCACAGGAAUUCCUGAAUGCUUAUUGAAACUGACAAACAGUUCACUUUAAAAUUUAGCGUCACAAUUCUUGAGAUAAUCAAGCAUGUACUAGUUGGUAUGAAUUGUACAUGAGGAAAUUCUGUCUUAAGAGAGGAAUUAUGAAUCCUAGUUAAAUAUGAAAUAUUGGGUUGUGCAGAAAUAUUAUUUAUAUGUAGUAUAGGAAGUACAGAUUAUUUUUAGAUUUUAUUUUGUUAAGGAACAGUUAAUGACGAGCAGAUAUUCUAGACCUGCAUAUACUCUAUAGCCAUUGUUGAAGUCAUAGAUGGACAGUAAUAUAACUCAUGAUCAUAGUAGGCCAUGGAAACCAACAAAUAAUAUUUAAUUUCAGUAUAGUGGAGUGUGUAUUGCAAAGUUAUACAUUGUUUUUAAAAUAUGCAUAUGUAAACAUCUUUAUAUCUGUUUUACAUAUUUAUUUUUAAGAAAAUAUGUACCAAAUUUGAAUCGGUGUUGGUGUGCUGCAUCAGUCUUCUUUGCUGCUGUAUUCAUUUUGUAGUGAACAAUAAUAAUGUGUUACAGCUCAGAAUACAAACAUAAGUGAAAAUUCAUCACUCUUCACUGUUUUCAGUUGGUAGUCUAAUAAUUAAGAUCUGAUGUUGUUAUGCCCAUUCAUCUUGGGGUGAUAGAAUGUGCUGGUUUGCAGGAGGAAUAUUCAUGAAGGAUUUAUCCGUUUCUAAAUAUGAAAACCUUAUGUUAUCUGUAGCGUUCAUAUUUGUUGUCUGGGUCUGUUGUUGCAUUUGGUGCUCCUGCUGGCCAUUGGGCUAACAAUAUAGCACAUCUAAGG